AUGGCGUCGUCCGUACCUCCCAGUCCCACGACUGAAAAGCCUGCCAAGUCCGACAUUCCUGCCUACAAGCCUGGCGUCCUCUCUUACGGUUGUGAUCAUAUUCGCAGGUCUAUUGUAGGCCCCAAUUCAGCGUUCGUCAAGAACUAUAAGCAUGCGCUUUCCACCAUCUGCAACUCCUCGCCUAUCCGUUCGCAACAUUACAAGGACGAGAAGGGACGAGUUGUUAGUCGAAUCGGUCCAUUGUACCUCUGUCUGCAAUGCGAGAGCACACUUCCAGAAGAACAAAUCGACAAGCAUAGUUUGGAAACGAAGCAUCGUUUGUGUAUGUCCACGUGUAAAUCCAUGUUCGUCGAGAGUCGCAGCGGCAAUCUCUUUUGCAACAUGUGCAAGGACUUUGUGUUUGAUCCGGUAUUGGAGUCGCUCAGAACUAGGAAGGUCGAGACAGGUUCUUAUUCACUAAAGAGAAAGCAUGAUGAAUAUGCCGAACUCUUCCAAGAGAACACCAUCAAAGUGGCAAGCAAGGACGCAAGCAAGCAGAGUUGCAGCGUAGCCACUGUCAGAGGCAUAUGGAACAUGGGUUCUACUUGCUAUAUGACCGUCAUCCUCGAAUCUCUGGUACACAAUCCAUUGAUGCGAAACUUCUAUCUCAGCGAGGGCCACAAGUCUUCGACCUGUACAAAGUCUCUUAACAACGAACCUUGCUUGAGCUGCUUCAUGGACGACAUGUUCCAACAAUUCAACAACACCGAGACAACCAGCGCAUGGACAGCACAAAACAUCCUGGGCAGCUUCGUCUUCUCCGCCAAGCCAGCCUAUGAAAGUAUCAAGCCCGAUGAACAACAAGAUGCUCACGAAUUCUUGAACUUUCUUCUUGAGGAACUUCAUGAGAUCAACUCUGUCGACCCCCGCUCAUUAAUCGCUAAUAGCUCUCCAAACAAGCGUCUCAAGUAUGAUGGCGAGGACUGCAAGUGCGUUAUCCAUCAAACUUUCUACGGCAAGACUCUUAGCAUCAUUAGAUGCAAGGGUGUAAACAAUGGCAAGAAGUGCGGCUCAGUUCGACGAACCGGCCUCCAGCAGUUCUCCGAUAUCAGUCUCGGUUUAGACUUCCUUUCUACCCAAGCUUCUACAAAGAAGCAUUCUCUCGAGUAUUGCCUUAAGAAAGAGUACUUCACCGAAGAACAAUGUGACUACAGCUGUGAUGCUUGUGGCAGCAAAAAGGCUACCAAGCAAGUAAGCAUCAAGAUGUUGCCUAAUGUGUUGUGCUUUCAGUUGAAGCGUUUCAGCCAAAAGGGUGGUAAUGCCAUCAAGAUCAAGAAUAAGGUCUCAUUCCCUUUCAAGCUUGAGAUGCUCCCUUACACCGACAAGAUUGAUGAGGCGAAGGGUCAUGGUCCUGCCCAGUAUGCACUCAAGGCUAGGAGCACGUAUCACUUGCAGAGUGUGGUAACCCAUAUCGGCGAUGCCAUCGAACAGGGUCACUACAUUUCGUACUCAAAGCAUGAUAACCAGUGGUUCAAAUUCGACGAUCACAAGGUUUACACAGCAUCCAAGUCCGAGGUUCUAGGAGUCGAGGCAUACCUCCUCUUCUACGUUAUUCAGUCGAUGGCAACUACGGAAGAGAAGAAGAAGGUCUAA